AUGAAAUUUAGGGCUUCACAUGGAGUCCUUAUAUUCUCUCACUCUACACACCUCAAUUCCCUCCAUAACCAGCGACGCUGCUUCGCUUCAUUUCUUAAAAAACUCCAUAAACCCACUCAAGCUCGCUCCUUUUCCAAUGGCGGAGGUGGUAGUUCUAAAGGUGAUUCUUUUCUCUUGCCUGGUGCAACGGUGGCUACAUUGCUUAUGCUUGGUGCUCUACAUGUUCGUCGGAUGUAUGAUGACAGGAAGGUUGAGGAGGCACGGGAGAAGGGAACGGAAUUUGAGUUUCAACCUGAUGUAAAAUCUACAUUUUUAAGAUUGCUGCCUUUGCGCUCCAUUUCCAGAUGUUGGGGUUUAUUGACUAGUGUGGAAAUCCCAGUCUCUCUACGUCCGUAUGUUUAUGGAGCUUGGGCUCGAGCAUUCCAUUCAAACUUGGAAGAAGCAGCUCUCCCUCUGGAUGAAUACACGUCUUUACGAGAGUUCUUUGUUCGCUCCUUGAAAGAAGGUUCCCGGCCUAUUGACCAUGACCCACGAUGUCUGGUUAGUCCUGUGGAUGGUACUGUAUUACGAUUUGGGGAGCUUAGAGGAGCAGGGGCUAUGAUUGAGCAAGUCAAAGGUUUUUCUUAUUCAGUUUUUUCCCUGCUCGGUGCAAGCUCAUUUCUUCCUUUGAUAGCUAAAGGAGAUGUGCAUGAGGAGAGUAGUGAACCAGAAAAUGCUUCCAGGGAGAAGAGUAAGAAGUCAUGGCUGAGAGUUUCAUUGGCUUCUCCUAAAGUUUGGGACCCUGUAUCAGCAUGUCCUAUGAAAGGCCUCUUUUACUGUGUAAUUUACUUGAAGCCUGGAGACUAUCAUCGCAUACAUGCACCAGCUGAUUGGAAUGUUCUUGUCCGCCGUCAUUUUUCUGGUCGUCUACUUCCUGUAAAUGAACGUGCUACAAGAACUAUCAGAAACCUUUAUGUUGAGAACGAACGGGUUGUGCUUGAAGGUUUAUGGAAAGAAGGAUUUAUGGCACUUGCUGCUGUUGGAGCAACGAAUAUUGGUUCAAUUGAGCUUUCCAUUGAACCAGAACUUUGGACAAACCAGGCAAGAAAGAAGUUACUGCACUCAGAGCCUCCAGAAGAACGGAUAUAUGAACCUGAUGGUAUUGGUAGGACGCUCAAGAAAGGAGAUGAGGUAGCCGCAUUCAACAUGGGAUCAACUGUUGUGCUUGUCUUCCAGGCUCCCAUAUCACUAUCACAAGAAAAUGGGGAUUCCUCAUCAGAGUUCAGGUUUUCGGUCCAACGUGGGGAUAGAGUCCGUGUUGGGGAACCCUUAGGGAGGUGGCAGGAUCAGUAG